UUGUGUCGAGGUUAACGUUAGCGAGUGUGAGGGCGGUGGAAGUGCAGACUUUACACCGGGUUUCGCCGACACCGAGGAAAACGCCGGGGGAUAGUGAAGCUACGGUGACCAGAGCCCUCGUAUCUUUUUCAUAAAGAGAAACACCGGACUGUGACGUUGAGCAGACGGGACGAGGUAUUCCACCACUGACCGACGAUAACAGGAAGAACUUCAACGGACGGAAGUGAGGACAUUUUGUGCAACUUUGAGCUGUCAGCUGUGCCGAGGCUUUUCGGGGGAGAAGACUUCACAGCCGAGGGGACCCCGAAGCGGCCCGGUUCCACAUCAGCGACCGAAGCCGGGGGGAGCGGAGGGGCCGCGUAGCCGAGGAGCGGCGCGUCGGACAGCGGAUCGGUAGCCGAGUGUUGACCUGCGCGUAGAGAAGUAAUCACCGGGGGCCGGGUCAUCCGGACAGAGACCUCAUGAAUGGAAAUCGGAACAACAGGAGACGUUGGAGCAGCCGUUGAGCCCCAAGUCCUUUUCUCGUUGCCAAGGCGACCUGGAUAUGGCACCCUUGGGAAGCCCAUCAAACUAUUGGCCAACUGCUUCCAGGUGGAAAUACCCAAAAUCGAUGUCUAUCUGUAUGAGGUGGAUAUCAAGCCUGAUAAAUGUCCACGCCGGGUUAACAGAGAGGUGGUGGACUCCAUGGUUCAGCAUUUUAAGGUGACCAUCUUUGGCGACUGUCUGCCAGUUUACGAUGGAAAGAGAAGCCUCUACACGGCCAGCCCCAUUCCUGUGGCCACUGGUGGGGUUGAUCUGGAUGUCACCCUACCAGGGGACGGGGGGAAGGACCGCCCAUUCAAAGUCACCAUCAGGUUUGUGUCGUUAGUCAGCUGGCACAUGCUGCACGAAGUCUUGACUGGGCGCGCCGUGGCUGAGCCGGUGGACCUGGAAAAACCCAUCAGCACCAACCCUGUACAUGCCGUGGACGUCGUCCUUCGACACCUGCCCUCCAUGAAGUACACACCUGUUGGACGGUCCUUCUUCUCCUCUCCAGAGGGAUACGAUCACCCGCUCGGUGGAGGAAGAGAGGUUUGGUUUGGAUUCCAUCAGUCAGUGCGGCCAGCUAUGUGGAAAAUGAUGCUCAACAUCGAUGUGUCAGCCACAGCAUUUUAUAAAGCCCAGCCAGUCAUCCAGUUCAUGUGUGAGGUCCUGGACAUUCACAACAUUGACGAGCAGCCUCGCCCCCUCACCGACUCCCACAGAGUUAAAUUCACCAAAGAGAUCAAAGGUCUUAAAGUGGAAGUGACACACUGUGGAACCAUGCGUAGGAAGUACAGAGUCUGCAAUGUGACACGACGCCCUGCCAGCCUCCAAACAUUUCCACUCCAGCUUGAGAGCGGCCAGACGGUUGAGCGUACAGUGGCGCAGUACUUCAGAGAGAAAUACAGCUUGCAGCUAAAGUACCCACACCUGCCUUGUCUGCAGGUGGGCCAGGAACAGAAGCACACCUAUCUGCCCCUGGAGGUGUGCAACAUUGUUCCUGGACAGCGCUGUAUUAAAAAACUAACUGACAACCAGACAUCGACCAUGAUCAAAGCAACAGCCCGCUCCGCCCCAGACAGACAGGAGGAGAUCAGCAGACUGGUGAGAAGUGCAAAUUACGAGGCCGACCCGUUCGUCCAGGAGUUUCAGUUCCGCGUGCGAGACGAGAUGGCUCAGGUGACGGGCCGCGUCCUGCCGGCCCCCAUGCUGCAAUAUGGUGGCAGAGUGAGCUCUGAGCCAUUUAUGUCCCAGCAGAUCAACCCUGCACUGUCGUUGCAGAACCGCACGGUGGCCACACCCAGCCACGGCGUGUGGGACAUGAGGGGGAAGCAGUUUCACACCGGAGUGGAGAUCAAGAUGUGGGCCAUUGCCUGCUUUGCCACCCAGAGGCAGUGCAGAGAAGAGAUCCUUAAGAGCUUCACUGACCAGCUGCGUAAAAUCUCAAAGGAUGCUGGGAUGCCAAUCCAAGGCCAGCCAUGUUUCUGUAAAUAUGCCCAGGGAGCGGACAGCGUGGAGCCCAUGUUCAGACACCUGAAGAACACCUACGCGGGGCUGCAGCUCAUCAUCGUCAUCCUGCCAGGGAAAACGCCCGUCUACGCUGAGGUGAAGCGGGUGGGCGACACCCUCCUUGGCAUGGCAACCCAGUGUGUGCAGGUGAAGAACGUAGUGAAGACGUCCCCUCAGACCCUCUCCAACCUUUGCCUCAAGAUCAACGUCAAGCUGGGAGGAAUCAACAACAUCUUGGUUCCACACCAACGGCCCUCUGUGUUCCAGCAGCCUGUCAUCUUCCUCGGGGCGGAUGUCACUCAUCCUCCAGCAGGAGACGGGAAAAAGCCAUCUAUUGCAGCGGUGGUGGGCAGCAUGGACGCCCACCCCAGCAGGUACUGCGCCACGGUGCGGGUCCAGAGACCAAGACAGGAGGUCAUCCAGGACCUGGCCUCCAUGGUGCGAGAGCUCUUGAUCCAGUUCUACAAAUCGACCCGCUACAAACCAACCAGGAUCAUCUUCUACAGGGACGGCGUGUCAGAGGGGCAGUUCAGACAGGUGCUGUACUAUGAGCUGCUGGCCAUCAGGGAGGCUUGCAUCAGUCUAGAGAAGGAAUAUCAGCCGGGGAUUACUUACAUCGUUGUGCAGAAACGCCAUCACACGCGUCUCUUCUGUGCAGAUCGCAACGAGCGGGUUGGACGAAGUGGAAACAUUCCUGCUGGCACCACAGUGGACACAGACAUCACCCACCCCUACGAGUUUGACUUUUACCUCUGCAGUCACGCUGGAAUCCAGGGUACGAGCCGGCCCUCCCACUACCACGUUCUGUGGGACGACAACUGUUUCACCGGCGACGAGUUCCAGCUCCUCACCUACCAGCUGUGCCACACCUACGUGCGCUGCACGCGCUCCGUCUCCAUCCCGGCUCCAGCUUACUACGCCCACCUGGUGGCCUUCCGGGCCCGCUACCACCUUGUUGACAAAGAGCAUGACAGUGCGGAGGGCAGCCAUGUUUCAGGGCAGAGUAACGGCAGGGACCCCUCAGCGCUGGCCAAAGCUGUCCAGAUCCACCACGACACACUGACCACCAUGUAUUUUGCCUGAACGUCCUUCCUCACCCCCACUCGACUUCCCGCCAUCUUUCCCAGCCAGUCUGCAUUGCGCAGAGUGGCCCCGCCCCAGUGGCGGCGCAGCUCUGGCCAUCGCCUGCUGUAAGGAUGCCGUGAGCCGGAGAGGAGUUACAGCUACGUUAUGCAAUCUGAAACCAGCCAAUCGUUUUGCAUCUCUCCGUCGGCUUCACCUCCUCUGCUCGCCUUUCAAUUCUGGCGGCAGCGCAACGUUUUUCCCGCUUUCUUCCCUCCUGGUGUUAAAGGAAAAAGCUGAAUUGCGGAAACAAAAACUGAAGAUUUUUUUGGUGCACAGGGGAAAGUGGAACUAGUGAAGAGCCUUACGUUGAGCCUCUUACUGAUUUACAAUGUAGACGGUUUUACAUGUUUUGACUUUUCAGCUUGUCUAGAUACAAUACUGUCUUUGUGGUUUCCCCUCUUUCAAAUGUGCGGCUGCCACGGCAACCGAAUGCCCCUAAAAACUAAAGCAUGAUCUUUUUUUUGUUGUUGUUUUUUUUCCCAUUUACGGCAGGCGACCUCAGCGGUUCUUCUUCUGUGUCCCUUUAAGCCAGUGGCUCCCCUCAUUCAUUCAGCCAGACCGUAAGACGCAUAGCACUGAAUGGAAUGACUUUUAAUUUCUUUUUUACAACAAUGCCACGUAGAGCCAUCGAUGAAGCAUUGUACGUCGCAUGAGGCCUUAACGCGAGGCGAGCUGCAUGAAGCUGCUGUUGGAAUACAAUGCCACGGCCUCUCUCUCUCUCUCUCUCUCUCUCUCUCUCUCUCUCUCUUAGUUCUGCUUGUGUUCUACCAGACCCAGGUGUACGUGUUACUCUUCUUUCUGUCUGUGAAUCGUCUGACCGAAAUCAACACUCAGCAAUAGAUCCGAGUAGAGCCGUUUAUAUCCUCUCACGGCCACAAGUCUGAGGACUCUUUGCGGUUUUGGGACGAAUAACUAACCAAUUUUUUAGUUGUCAAGAAAAAAACCUCCAGAGAGAGAGCGGGUCCAGCGGUGGAUUGUUUUUAGCAAGUAUUGGUGAGGUAAAACUUUGUUAGAGUGACUUUUGGCAAGUGAUGGUGAAUUAGGAUUCAGGAACGUGGACGUGCCGUAUUUGACCUUCUGGGGGACGAGUAGGACGGACGCUGCAGACCAUGUUCGGUCCGAUAAAACAAAGUGCCUGAGGUGUGCGGCUGGAUGGAAAGCUCCUCGUGGUGUGCAGGUGAACCAUUUAGUGAAACGCUGCGGUCCGACAGUCCUGCUAUAAAGUUGACUCUUAUGUUUUAGUUCAGUUUUUUUUAACGUUUCUGGCGAUGUCAACAGGAAGUGAACUUUGUAAAGGUGGACGUGACGGCAGGCGUGGACGGUAUGGGACUGUUAGUGUACAUGGACGCGUGUCCUGACACGAUGCCGCUCACUUUAUGUUCACACCUCGGUCUUUGUCACCUACUUUUAGCUUUGCUGUGUUUGUCCUCAGAGGAAGUCUGGCUUUCAGUUUAAUGUCUUUAACAGUUCACAGUAGGGAAGUAACUAAUGAUUAUUUUCACUGUGGACUCCUCGUUUUGUCUGAAUGUCAGAAACGUGCGUUGUUAUUUCCCACAGGCUGUGGAGAUGUUUCGAAGGUCUUGUUUUGUCUCCCCAAUGGUUUGAAACUCGCAAGAUAACGUUUACAUCACAUGACAAAGAAAAACAUCAAAGUUCUCACAAUUGGGAGGUUUUUUUUGCUUGAAAAAGAUGAACUGAUCAUGGAAAUGGACUCCAUAAAUGUAUUUUACCGUCAUUAUGCAGUCAGGAACUGAUUUUCUGCUACAUUUGGACACUGGUUGCUAAUCAAUCCCAAAUAAUAUCACAUAAACCUCAAGAAGUCAACAUUAUGAAUUGUAUCCAUAGUUGUCAUGCCUUUAAUCAGUACUUUGGUUUUUGGGUGGCCAGCUGUUGAAUGUGGUCAGUCGUGGCCUUGCAGUAUAGUCAUCACUUGGACCAAACCAAUGUGCCUGGUCGGGGGGUGGGGGUGGGGGGGGGACUUGGGGGCGAGGCCUUGCAGCAUCUAGCUGAUCUACUGUGUACGGCUUACUGUGCAAGCCACAUGUCACCAGAACCAAACCGAAGCUGCUACAAGGAAAACACGUUAAUUUAAUAUUUCAUCAGAUACCUAUAGGCUAUAUAUUGAUACAGAGAGAUUAAGAGAAUAAUGGUAUUUUACUGCACUUAAAGAGUUGUUUUUAUGGUUGGACAGAGACGGACUUGUUGGAAGUCACAUUUUAAUUCUAAGGAUUCACCCGAGCAGCUCGUCUGCAUCUGUUGUCACGUUGGAGCUGUUUCACAAUGUCAGACAUUACCAGCAAUUUUGUUUUACUUGAAGAUAAUUAGUCGUGGGCAUGUGUAACCUUGUUGGCUGGUGUUUUGUACGUCUACAUGGAGCCUUAUUACCCUGUGACGGCUCAUAAUAAUAGGUAGAGUAAAUCCACCUCUGGAGCCGGUGGGCGGGACAUCACAUGCCUCCUGUCCUCGACAAAUAGAAAGCCUUUUUAAGUUUGGAUUUAGAUAUAUUUAUAUGUAGAGGUAUUAAUGUAAUGCACGCACCACUUAUUUUUUUCUAACAAAGUCCUGUUUGAACCGGGAGCCGUAUGGAGAUAUAGCGUUCAAUAGUUGUGGUGGUCUGUGAUUUGAUGAUGCAAUAGGUUUACUCGUUUGACAAGGCGAACGAUGGGUGAUCGCGGCGUGGCGGAAAGCGCCGGGGGAGCGUUUAUCUGGUAGCACGCGGGAUCGGAUGAACCAUCAACCCUUCUCCAGGAGGACGGCCUGCGAAGAACUGCCUCUGCUGUUGGUUUAUCAUCUCUAAAGCGCAUCGAUUUCUCAAUGCACUUGCUAAGUGAAGUCUUUUAUUUUUAGUAUUAUUCUCGCAUAUUCAUAAAGAGGAGCAGGAGGAGGGUUGAAAGUUCAUCUCCGGACUGAUUUUAUCCGUAAACAGACUGUGCCUUUUCCUGAUGGUGCUGAAAAAAACAAAACAACUAAGUAAAUCAAAGAUCUUAACUUUCAGAGAAAGGCCCACAGGCCUGAGUCUACAUUGAUGAGUAUAUAUUGAUACAUGAUAAUACUGUAAGGCGUGAGUGUGUGCAUCUAUGUAUUUGUGUGUGUGUGUGUGUGUGUGUGUGUGUGUGUGUGUGUGUGUGUGGAUACCCCCUACAUAUGCCAAGAACACAAAAUAUGCAGAACUGAUCAGUGUGGAGCUGACCGGACCAAAAGGCCUGUGGGGAUCGGCACUCUCAAGCACAACCCAAAAACAUUUCUAACCAAUAACAUGAAAUCCUAGGGGGACCGUCCCGACUCGAGCUGACAAGUAGCUCAGUUUAGACGGGAUGUAGCAUUUAUUUAUUUCUAUAGAGACAUGAAGCCUCCCUUACUGCCUUCACACCAGUCCUUUUGCUCCUUUUGCUUCAUUGAGAUGUUCAUUUUGAAUGGACGGCAAUAAUGACGCAGUCCUUAACGUUUCUGUGCAAUCACGUUGUCGCAUGUCUCUAUCUGACACCCCCCCCCCCCCCCCUUUUAGUUCCUCCUUCGUCUUUACUUUGACAUUAGGGGACCUGCGACAGCUCUUCCAUUGAGUUGUUACUCCUCGAGUGCCCGGUUCCCCCCAACGACGCGUCUUUAACCUUCUGUGCUUGGCUGCAUAUCGUACACAAAGAAAACAAUGUUUGGGUUUCACAGUAUAUUCAUGUCUUUUGCCUGAUUAUUAAAUGAUGUCACUUUUAGAAGUAAAACUGUACUUUUUUUUUUUUGUCUUCACGCUUAAUCUGAUCCUGGUCCUAAAUUGAGCCUUUUUAUUUGGUUGUCAUAUUUAAUUUUUUUUUAAUAAAUACUUAAUGUAUGUAA